ACUGAUACAGGUAGGCGACACGGGCAACUUUCUCACUAUACCUUUCGCCUUCUUUGUUAGUAGUGACCUGCUCUGCAUCCACGUCUCCCUUCCUGCCCACGCCGCAAUAGAGAGGCAGAGAGGUUAUGGAGCUGAAUGCCCGAAAUCUCUCCUCCGUCACUCUGCGAAGGCUCUCAUGUAACCAUCGAAAAAUACUCAAUACCCGGCGAUCCCUUGUCAAACCGAAGCUCCGGCCAUUUGCUGCGAAGAAAUCAGAGGUGCGCAGCCAUGGCGAAACCGUCAAAUAUGAGGUUGAUGGAUGUGAAAUGUCGCCGGCAAGAUUGCUUGGGAAGAGCGCAUUAUCGGCGGUGGCAGCUGUGCUGAUCUCUAUAUGCGGGUGCGAUGCGCAGGCUUUGGCAGAAUCCUUAACGGUGGCCUUCCCGGUUUCGAAAGCUCUCGAGGUGAAUACAGUGCAGAGGACACUGGUUGAGGCGUGGGGAUUAGUACGGGAAACUUUCAUUGACCCUACGUUUAAUCAUCAAGAUUGGGAUUCAAAGCUGCAACAAACUAUGGUGGAAAUGUUUCCGCUGAAAUCAGCAGAUGCAGCAUAUAGCAAGAUCAGGGGAAUGCUAUCAACACUUGGUGAUCCUUUCACUAAAUUAAUUAGCCCAAAGGAAUAUCAAAGUUUUAGAAUAGGCAGCGAUGGGAAUUUGCAAGGAGUUGGCCUUUUCAUAAAUCUUGAGCCUAAUUCUGGACAUUUGAUUGUUUUGUCUUGCAUUGAGGGAAGCCCAGCAGCCAGGGCUGGUAUUCAUGAAGGAGAUGAGCUACUUGAAAUUGAUGGAGAGAGUGUUGCUGGAAUAAAUAGUGAAGCGGCGGCCCAAAAACUCCGAGGGCGUAUUGGAACAACAGUAACAGUGAAGCUUCUCAGUGAACUUGAACAGGGAAACAAAUCUGGUCUUCGAGAGGUGAUGAUACAUCGGGAAGCUAUCAAGCUUUCACCUUUGUCUACCGCAGUCAUCUACCACAGGUCACUUGAUGGCUCUGAAUCAAAGACUGGAUAUGUAAGAUUGUCGACAUUUUCACAGACGGCUGCUGUUGACAUGGAGAAUGCAAUCCAAGCAAUGGAAGACCAGGGUGUCCAGUCUUACAUACUUGAUUUACGGAAUAAUCCAGGAGGUUUAGUGAAAGCAGGACUGGAUGUUGCACAAAUAUGGUUAGAUGGGGAUGAAACUUUGGUGAACACAAUUGAUAGGGAAGGAAAUAUGUUACCUAUCAAUAUGGUCAAUGGUCAUGCUUUAACACGUGACCCACUUGUUGUGAUUGUAAAUGAAGGAAGUGCAAGUGCAAGUGAGAUCCUAGCAGGGGCAUUACAUGACAAUGGCCGAGCUGUUCUUGUAGGAAAUAAAACAUUUGGUAAAGGAAAAAUCCAGAGUGUGACUGAGCUCCAUGACGGUUCUGCCCUAUUCAUUACAGUUGCCAAAUACUUAUCUCCAGCUCUCCAUGAGAUUGAUAAGGUUGGCAUAACACCUGACGUACAAUGCAUUCCUGAUAUGUUCACUGCAUCUAAGGCUUGGACUUCAGGGGUUAAGAGCUCAGCAUCAUCUUCCCUUGAGGCAGAUUCUUGUAUCAUAGUGGCUGAGCAUGAAUUGGAGGUCCAGAGAUCAAAGGGUACUGCAUCCUAAUUUAAGAGAUCCCUGAGAGGCAUUGUAUAUAUUAGAAAGAAUUUUUACAUUUGUUGUAAAAUUGAUAAAUGUAGGCAGGAGUCUUCCUAAUAGAUAUGUAAUUUGAACUUUAAAGUGAUAAUGGAAAGCAUAAAUCUAGAGAGAGAGAGAGAGAGAGAGAGAGAGAGAGAUCUAUGUGAAAAUGAAAAUAAAAGUUUAGCCUAUUAUUGGAUUCAAA